UGUGACUGUCAAUAUUCUUUACGUCAAAUUAUUUAUUGUCAAUGUAAAAAAAAACUUAUAGUCAAAAAGGCGAAGCGAAUGAACGUAAAAGAAUUCUUUUACACAAUACUACAUCUUGUGGUGUGAUUAUUUGUUAGUGUCGUCAUUGUAAAUUGAAUUAGAAAGCUAACGAACUAAUAGUGCAGUCAUAGCGUACCUAUAUGUUUAUAAUGUUAGGACUAAGUUGACGUAACGGUGGCCUAUUCCAAUAACUUGAUUAUUGGAGUAAUGCUGCCACGGGCUCAAGACGCUUCCGUAACUAAGUAAAUGGCAAAACAUUAGAAGAUUAAAAAGAUGUAUGGUACCAAUGGGUCAGAUUUUCCUCCCGUUACGGAGGACACGUUUUGUAAAUAUGUUUUGUAUUACGAGAUAAAUAACUCAAGGGUCCGUAUUUGGGAUUUAAUUAUUUUGAUACCAAACGCAUUGUUUGUGCUAUUCUUAGUGGUAAGAUUUAACAAGGCUCAGUUGAAAUUGCGUGCUACAAGCAGCCCUAUAUUCUUGACGUUUUACACAUUGGUAUGGGGCAAUGUGAUCAUAAGCUUGGUGCGGUGUGCUGUGUCCAUGACUGUGAACGCGUCAGUGCCACUAGGGGGUCUAGUGGACAAGGUCUUAUGGGUCAUGGUACGGUUUUUCCUGCUUGCUACAGAGAUGAGUGUUGUGAUAUUUGGUCUGGCUUUUGGCCACUUGGAUAGUCGCAGCAGUAUAAGAUAUGUGUUACUGGCUACAUCGCUGCUAUCCCUUGCCUUCACAGUCUCACAAGGCACACUUGAGAUAGCUAUGCCAGAUGACAUGUUCCAUGUUGACACAAGAGAUUAUGACCUCUUUGGACACGGUGGGAUGCUAUUCUGGUUCACAUCAUCCUUAGUCUUUGCCCUCAUUUACUUCUUAAUACUGCUAUUGCCAUGGAUACCGCUGAGGGAAUAUCUUGCUUUACCAACGAAAUUGUCAUUCUACAUCUACGUAUUGUUACUGGCACUGCUAGACACGACGCAGGCCGUCGGCGCAGGCCUCCUCGCGUGGGGUAACAUGCAGUCAGGCUUAUGUGUCGUUGACGUCACAACUUGGCUGUAUUUCUCCCUCUACACUCCAUUGGUUUACCACACAUUCCUCAGCGAAUUCUUCAGUGUUUCUCAACCGAGCAUCAUGUUCUCGUAUAAGGCUCAAAUGGAUGAGCCUAUGGACGAAGAUCAGGUUUCGUUGCCGCACCAGCAGAGUUUCAGCUCACUUAAAACAGAUUCCGAUUAUAUUUAUCAGCAGAGCAACAGCGUAUACGACAGCACAUUAUUCGAGGCCGGUGGGACUACUCCCAUGAACCCUGUGUACAGCGCCUCUCUACAGAGUCCCGACUCGAUAGCGUCCGGACAGUCUAUAGAGAUUGGCGGCCCCAACUCAGGCUUCCUCACCCAGAACAUGCCCUCAACAUAACAACAAUCACGACACUAUAAACGUUCGUUAUUGUGUUAUAAACUACACACAUCCAAAGAAAAAAACAUUACUAAUAACUAUAUACUAGAGUCGCGUAACUAUAGAAACUAAAGAGAGUUUAGGUAGUCGAUAUAAUUUCUACUUUAAAGAAUCUCAUAGAAAACUUUUAUAUUUACUAACACGUUAUGUUGUCUUCGCGUACCAUUUACUUUUGUGAUAAGUAAAGCCAGUGAUCAAAUCGAAUUAAUUGAGACUGCAUUUCAUCCCAUUUCUGCUAACUAAUAUACCUAAUUCAUCGUGUAAUGGCUCCAUCCAUAAGAUUUUGACAUUAGAUUAUAUUAUAGUGGUUUAAUGUAGAUUUAUUAAAAAAACAGUUGCUGUGACAGUAGUGACUUGUCUUGUGAUUUUAUAUUUACUUGCUUUGUUCAGUUUUAUAAAAACAUUGCAACAAGAGAACUUAAAAAGUUAUAUGCAGAAGCUUGGCGAAGAUUUAUUAUAAAUCCUCGAACUACCACUGAAAUAUUCUGUAGCACCUGCGGUUAAACAUUGAUCAUGACUACAUUGGAAUUAAAUAUAUUACACAGAACUAGGACUAAUUUGACUUAAUUUUUGGUCUCAUGAAUUUCAAGUUGAGUAUGUAGUUAGGAUAAAUCGAAUCUUACUUUAAUUUAACCAUAUCGUUUUUAAUUAUAGUAAGUGAAUCUCAUCAAAUAAACAUAUCUGAAAUAAGUAACCAGUAUAUAAAGCAAUCAUUCAAAAUAAAGUGUUCAUUUAUAUUCUUUUUUCAGUGUUACCAGUUUACUGCAGAAAAAUAUGUCUAUUUCAUUACUACAGUAUUCAUACUUGAAGUAUUAGAUAACUGUUGUAAAAUGUAUCGAUUUAUUCUGUGUGAAAUGUGCUACAGAUACUUUAUUAUAAGAGAUAAGUUCGUUCUUUAAGUUGAUUGUUAUGAUUAUGUAGCCAGCAAAGUCCGUAAGUUGUACAUUUUUACUUAUUUUUGGUUUUUGAACUGUUCUAGACCUUAAAUGGGUAACUUACGGUUGAUUGGAUUGACAAACACCAUGACUCGAUUUGCAUGGAUUUGACAGAAAAUUGCAUCUAUACUGUGUAUGCUUGUAGACUUUGCUGGUGACAUACAUAUUGGUUUGUUUAUGUGUUAUUUGUACUGUGAUGCAUUAUGUCUACUUACUUUUGUUGUUAUUUUUAUUUUUUGAUGAAAUAGAG